UCCUCCCUUUUUCUCUGCUGGGUGACUGGUACUGGUUGCUUUUCCCCAGCUCUUCCCAAACACGGAUGAAGCAGGAUCAGGCCAGCAGUCCCCCUGCUCUGGGACUGUACCAGGGGAGAAGUUUAAGUGAUUUGGAAAAAGACGACUCUUGUCCUGUCUGAGAACUGAGAAGAUGGAAGAGGUGGGACAGCGGUGGACUGGCUUCACUCAUACCCGGAUCCCCAGACCCCAGCUUGUGUGGCAACCAAUUCACUACCACAGGCACUGGCCCAGGCUCAAGCCUGGUGUUCAGGAAUCCCACUUUCCCAUGCAGCAUGAGCCAAUUUCCAGCAAAGAGCUCUUCUCAAUGUCAACCUCUGGAGGAUUCAGACUCCUGGCUGCCACCCAUAGAGAGCCUCUCAAUGGAUGACUUUUGGAUGGAGGUGGAGAACAUGAAGCAGGGUGAUGGACUGAAGCAGGAGGAGAGUGGUAUCACUGAAGCCCAGAUCUCAGAGGAGGGUGAGGCAGAAGCCCAGUGGCUUCAGGACACAGGCUUAGCUGACCUCAUUGGGGCUCCUACACCAGACAGUGAUAACAGAGUGCUCCUGUCCACGCUCACAAAGACCCAAGCAGCUGCUGUGCAACGGAGACUAGACACAUACACACGCUCAAUCCGUAAGAAAAAUAAGCCACCGGUGAGGGACGUCAGAGACAUCUUUGGCACCUUUGAUUCAGGGGAAAUGUUAGCAGAGAGAGAAGAUGCUGAGGGGAAAUUGACACAGCCCAAAUCCAGGCCUUCAGAAGCUCCACCAGCGGCAGAUUAUCCUGGAUGUAUGGAAUAUCCUUGCCCAGUUCCUAGUUCUGGGAAGGAGGAAAUAUUCAGCACUGAUUCUGCAUAUUCAGAGCAAGCAGCACUUCUUCAGAAAGGAACACUCCCCCCAGAAGCCAAGUGGAUAAAGGGCAAGGGCUCACUGCCGAAGUUUAGAAUUCCCAAGGGAAGACUUGGAGUGACAAGAAUAGGAGACUUAUCACCACAAGAUAUGAAGAAGAUCCCCACAUUGGCCCUGAUUGAGCUGACAGCCCUCUGUGACAUUUUGGGACUGGACUUGAGAAGGAGCAAGGCAGGAAAAUGGAAGGCAACAGAGAACCGGCUUUUUGGAGUCCCACUUAGCACUUUGCUGGAGACUGAUCAGAAAGUUGUCCCUAACACACAAGUUCCACUGAUUCUACAAGCUCUGCUGUCCUGUUUGGAGAAGAGAGGGUUAGACACCGAAGGGAUCCUGAGAGUGUCUGGCUCCCAGACCAGGAUUAAGAGUUUGGAGCAGAAGCUAGAAAGAGAGUUCUAUGCAGGUCUCUUCAACUGGGAUGAGGUCCAUCAAAAUGAUGCAUCGGGUUUGCUGAAGAGGUUCAUCCGAGAACUCCCUACUCCACUUCUCACAGCCGAGUAUCUGCCUGCCUUCACUGUAGUGCAAAAUAUCCCAGACCUGAAGCAACGGUUACAGGCUCUGAAUCUUCUCAUCUUGAUUCUUCCUGAAGCUAACAGAAACACUUUAAAGGCCCUGCUGGAAUUUCUCAGAAAGGUAGUUGCCCGAGAGAAGAACAACAAAAUGACUUUAUGGAAUGUUUCCAUGGUGAUGGCACCAAAUCUCUUCAUGCAUAAAGGGCAACCUCACAGAAUCCCGGAGGGAAAGGGGAAGCAGCUGGCCGAGGGUGCCGCUGAUGUCAUCCGGGCCAUGAUCCAUUACCAGGACCUUCUGUGGACUGUCUCCUCCUUUUUGGUUGCCCAAGUCCGGAAACUGAAUGAGAACAGUAGCUGGAGGCAUCAGUUCUAUGACAGACGGAUCAAGAACUUACUUAGGAAGAUCCACACAGACAAAGACAAGGAGAGCAAGACCCCCGGAAAGCCAUCCAAAGUGGUGAAAAUCCAGGCUGCUCUACUCCUGAAAGACUGUUUAGAAGUGCAUCUCCACAAUGGCACCAAAGCCGCUGAUGUGCUCAAACAGUUCCAGAAGCACUUCUGCUCCAACAGCUGGAAUGUCAUGAAUGCUGUCAGCCUAAUCCAAUGUAAUGGGCCUAUUGAAUCAUCAAACCUACUCCUCUAUGAAGUUGGAGGGAACAUAAGUGAGCAUUGCCUGGAUCCAGAUACCUACCUCUUAGACCUGUACCAUACCAACCCCCAUGGAGAGUGGGUCAUUAAACAGAGUCCCACUUUACCCCGGACACUUUAGGAGAGUUACAAAGGGUCAGAAAGAAAGAAGAGCAGCAGGAAGAACAUUUUUUUUCCUUUUGAGCACCUCUGUGCCUGCCCAGUUUCCUCCAUCCAGUGCCUUUAGCUGGAAGAUGUGCAGAAUUCAACUUGAAGGUGGACAGAGACACGGAAGCCACAGAUCACUUCAUGUUCCAAAGAACCUUGCUGACUAGCCGCACAGUGCCUGCCACCAGUGACACAUGAGACCCAUCUAGGUGGGCAGACAUUCUUCUGUACAGCAUUUCAGCUAAUGGUUGCCCAGAAACUAACCUGGCAGUGAAAUCCUUGCCCAUUCUUGGGCAGUGACUCAGCGUGGAGAGAGAGAAAACAGGAUCCUGUGAAAUCUGCAAUUCUGAAAAAGGCAUUCCCAUUUUGGAAAGCUUUGUGGUUACUGGUGAUGGGAAGAGCUCCUUCAUGUUUCCUGCUAGCUACAUGAGCUCAUAUUUCUUCUCUUGGCAAAAAAGAAAUACUGCUUCUCAAGGUGCAGUAGAAUCUUUCCUAGGCAAGAGAGCCCAAUCAGUCAAUUCUGCCCUCAAGGAGCUUACAUUCUGCUGGAAGACUAUCUCCAAGAUGAAGGAUAUGGGCUGUUACUGUAGUAACUCUACUUCUUUUCCUCAUCUAUCUGCUCUGACUUCCCCAAAUGAUUUUGUCUUUCUUAUUAAUGAGACUAUGCAGUCACCACCCUCAGAUUCACCACUGGUCAUUGUCCAGAAAUCAAGCUGAGUAUUAGGGGUCUUUGAAGAUAUAUUUUGACCAUUUAUUGCCAGUUCAAUGACCCAGUAUUACUUCUUGCUUAAGAAGCAUCCAGUAUCUUAACUUUUAAUGUGUGCUAUGAAGUCUGAUUCCUCUGUUGGAAAUCCCUGCUUCGCAUCUGAGAUUUGCUGAUAUGAGUGCCUAAGGAACCUUUUCUACCCUGACCCCACUGCACACACUCAGAUGUGUCUAGUGCCCUCAGCCAGGGUCUUAUCAUUGUCUUUAGAGACAUGGCCUUUGUCUCAGAACUGUGUACCUAUUGGUAACUAAAUGCAUCUUGCCAAAAGAAGGGAAUGAAACCAAGCCUGGUGGUUGUAUUCCCAGAAGGAUAUGAUCCUCACACCAUUCUAAUGAGACUGGAAAAAGUCAAAGUGGUCACAUUACAAUCCUAACUCUACCGCCUAGACAGAGGUGAAGACUUUGCCCUUGCCAGGGACAACAGAAAAAGUCCUUUUUGGGCUGGAGGUGGGGACCCUACUGUUUCCCUCAGAUAUGGCUGGGGCUGUAUUUGUGCCCAACUAGCCUGGCCUCUAGCUCAGGGAGACCCAGAGAAGACAAUGUUCCCUGACCUCACUUGCAACAUCCCACACUGUUGUGAGAGGCAGGAAGUGCCUGAUUGGCCUGAGGCAAAGCAAGAAGCCUGGGUAGGAUGCAAUACUGUGACCCAGGGUUUCUUCCUGAAUGACCCUGUUUACCUUACUAGAAUGGGUUUGAGUUUUCCUCUUGGCCCCUUGAACAUCUCUGAUGCCUUCUAACUCCCCUGCCUCCUCCCCUAUGUGGGCCAAUGCUGCUUGUUCCAGACAUUUGAGAGUCCACGUGCUGUGAUCUUGCCAUGCUGAAAAUCUGUUUGGUACUUCUAGACCUCCAUGAGUAUUCUCACCAUACUUUGGGUUUAACUCUAGACUGUGGCCAAGAGAGAUGGCAGCAUACAACUUCAGAGUCUCAGUAAAGAGGUCAAGUUUUUUUGGGGGGAAAUUGCUGUGAAUUUGAUAUGUGAGAAUGGUGCAGUAGCUGGUCUAAGAUAUGAGACCCAUGCCAUCUUUGUGUGUCAGUUCUGUCUUUGUAAAUGGGGUUGGGAUGGGAUGGGGGUGGUGCUAGAUGAUCUCUGAAGUCCAACACAGACAGUAGUUAUAGGUUUGAAGAUUUCGGAGCUGGAAGGGGCCUUAGAGAUCAUCCAGUCCAAAGUAUUCAUUUUUAUAGAUGAAGAAACAGAACCCAGGAAAGUGAGUUGACUUGCAUAGUCUUGAAGAGUCUAGAUUCACCCCCAGGUCUUGUGAUUCCAAACCCUAGGGACUCUUUGCAGGAUCUCACCCAGAUCUUCUUGCCAUCUUUUAUUUCCUUACUUGGCAGAAGAGAAAGAAAGUGGAAAAGUUAAAACACUACAAAUUCUUGGUUUUAAGUAUUGAUUUUAUUAUCUUUUCAUUUUUUAAAAGUUAUAUUUAAAAUUCUUUCAAUAAUAAAGAUACAAAAAGUUUUAAGUCUUUUCAA